AUGGCCGCCAACCGUAGGCUGUUUGCGCCGAAGGAAGAGGUCCGCAAGGAAGCGCUGGACGACGCUGGUGGUGGUGGUGGUGACGCCCGGGGCCGGGACGAGGUUGAUCACGUUCCGGUCGCCCUGUCCACUGGUCCGAAAGCACUCACCACCGACUCCGGACCCGGACCGGGUGUGGUGACGCUGGACAAGUUCAACAUAUUUCACCUGCGCCGAAGGCCCAAAAGUGAUCCCGGGACGGGACCGAUCGCGAAGCACGCUUCCGGUGCCGGUGCCGAGAAACCGGACGUGGCGCCGGAGGCGACGGCCGAGCUGAAGAAGAAAAAGUCGCGCUUCGUGAAGAGUGCGUCGAUCGCGCGGAUCUUCGGCAACACCUACAAUACCAAAAAGUACGACGACAGCAGUGCGCUGCUGAAGCUGCAGCAGUUCAAGCGGAGCUUUCUCAGCAGCGAACGGUUCCACAAGAAGGACAGUGCGGUGGGCGAGGAAACGGCAGAGGCGGGCGACAACGAGCUGCAGAUCGGGGACGCGUGCUACGUGAACGACAGCGAGAGCAGCGCCCGGGCGAUCAAGUCCAUCACGCGCGGCCUGGGCCGGUUGCUGCGGCGGAACUGUCACAGCAUCGACAUCAGCCGCCCGGACCCGGAGUACAAGGUGUCCUACCUGGGGAACGUGCUCACCGGAUGGGCCAAAGGCGAUGGUUGUGUGGAGAAACCGUUGGCCACACUGUGGCGUAACUACACGCAGAACAGCAAACCGGACGUGAUGAUGAAGCUGUGCCUGUGCCCGUCCGGCUUGAAGGCGACCACCCGGCAGCACGGGCUCACCGAGUACUGGUCGCACCGGAUCACCUACUGCAGCUCGCCAAAGAACUAUCCACGGGUGUUUUGCUGGAUCUACCGGCACGAAGGGCGCAAGCUAAAGCACGAGUUCCGCUGUCACGCGGUCAUCUGCUCCAAAGAAAACAUCGCCCAGGAGAUCAGCAGCAUCCUGAAGGAAAACCUAGCCAAAGCCUUGCGUGAGUUCAAGCGCGACAAGCUGAACCGCCAGAACGCGCGCCUGAGUCUGGCCAACAGUGUGUACGACAAUCCGAGCAUGCCGCGGCGCAAGAUCAUGCUGAGCGUGGGCGCCAACAACUACCGGCCGCCGCUCGAGCGGUCCAAGUCCGCCCCGAAGCUGAUGGCCAUCGAAGAGAUGAUCGGCGAGGAGGACGAAGAGGGCGACGAAAGCCUGCCGCAGCAGCUCGGCGGAAGCACCGGAAGGACCAAGUCGCCGCCCGGAUUGGAACCCUGCUGCCGCGAGGACGCCCUCUUCCCGUCGACCACGCUCGGCCGGCGGCGGUGCCGGAGGGGCCACUCGAUACGCCGGACGCGGCUACGGAACUCGUUCAAAUCGCCCAAAGAUCUGGAGGCGAAGGUCCCACUCAAGAACGAGAACAUUGUGCAGGCGAGCCCGAUGAACAAGUCGAUCGACUCGAUACUGGACACCAUCGGCCAGGAGGAUGACGACGAGGGCGAGGCGCAUGAGGAAGACGCCGAGAGUGGCCCGAUGGCGGACUCUGCCGAAUCGGCCGCUGGGCCGAUGAAAUCGAAACGAUCGCAUAGUACCGACUCGUCGGAGGACGAUUUCGAGACGUUCCUGGCGCACUACAACUACGACUCGAGCGAACCGCUCUCGACGGAACUGAUCUCGUACUUCGACAUGAAGCUCAACCCGACGGCCGUCUGCAGUAUGCACGACCUGAGCCAGCGCCACGACAGCGUGGUGGUCGCCCUCGAGGACACCCAGCGGCUGGCCCUCAGUUUAGACGAUCUCGACCACUACCCGCUCGGGGAGGAUCCGCUGGCUGGAGAGGGGGACCGGGACGGUGAGCGGGAGCAGCCUUCCGCCGGUGGUCGGUCGCAGAACGGGCACGAGGACGUGCCGGAAGCGGACGAGGUGUUCUUCAACCAGGACGAGGUGCUAGAGAUGCUGCGAACGGCUGCCGAAUCGGCAGCGGUCGGAAGCCAUCAUCACCACCACCACCACCACCAUCACCACCUUCCGCGGCUCUCAUGCCUUCACGCUGAGGAUGAUACGGCGCCUCCGUCGUUGGUGUGCGUGGCUAACAAAAUCAGUGCGGCCGGCGGUGGUGCCACUCACCAUCCGGACAGCGACGAAGGGUCCAUAUCGAGCGGCUGUGAAACGUCCAGCACGGUCACAACCAACACGGACGAUUCAGUGGCCACCGCGACCGCACCGUCCAUCAAACCGUGCUCGGUGCUCGAGCGUGUCCGCAGCUUCGAGCAGCUGGCCGAGAACCAGGUGAUCCAUGUGCCGCUAGGCGAGCGAAGCGGUCCGAUGGCGUCACUCGGUGGCACAUCCAGCACGGGCAGCCCGUCCAGCCCACAGGCGGACGCAAUGAUCUUCAAGCGCAGCAUCACCUUCCCGGCACCGGGCGUCAAGUCGAGCUUCCUGAUGCCGAUGCUAACCGGACAUGGUGGUUCAUGUGGACCCGCGGAACCCAUCGACUCGCCGUUAAACUCACUGAACGGCACCGAAACCGACGGUGGACCGGAGGACACGCCGCAGGAUAACCAUAAGCAUUACAACCACCGCAGCCGGCAGCACGUGGAGGGAAGCAAACCGAAGGUGCGCCAGAUGCGCCUCAAAUCCAGCGUGGUGGCCGCCGCCGUCAACACGGAGCUGAUCAACCAGCUGCAGGCGAUCGAUUCCGAUUCGGAGUUUAGCGACGAGUCGGGCUAUGUCGAGUUUCAGGACAACCAACCGUCAAUCAAGUCGGUGACGGCUUGAAGUUGUUGCUCGCCCCAACAGAUCCCCAAUCCGUGUGUGAUGUUUUUGUCCCCUUUGUUUCGUGCCCUCUGUGCUUAAUGUUUCGGGCGCGACAGGGAUCUAGUGAAACACGACUUCCGUUAGCUUUACCGUUGGCGAUCCGAAGCUGUUGAAGAAGAUUAUUAGUUGUUUACUCCGGCCGGCUACAGGCAUACGCCUUCGGCCACCAAUGGUCGAUAUAUUGUAGAAAAUGCUGCGCCCGGUUGGGCCAAGGAUAUUCGAGCGUAAAAUGGCAACCCUGUUUUGGGUGAUGAUUCGUACAGAAAAGAUAAACCAUAUGAUACAUUACUGCAGCGUCGUGCUCCUCGAGGGGGGGUCACUUAUGGACCGCAUCGAGCCGAAACCGGGACACAGCUUGAGCACGCCCCGAGGGUAGAGCUUUACCGUUCGUUUCUAGGCUAAGCUAUCGUUUGAACGUUGAUCCUCGCCUACGGCAGUGGUGCAUACGCUGAUGCUCCUCCGGCGCAUGAUCAAAUGGAAGAUGACGAGCCAGAGGGCAGGUGGCAACGGAAUACGAUAGAGUCGGAUACCAAAUAAAUUAUUUGUAAUCGUUAAAUCAAUAGAACACAUUAGCAAAACGAACACAUAUACAGCCAAACUAACAGUAAACCGGCCGUAAGGGCGACGUUUGGGAAAGUUUUUCUGUGGUGUUGUUUUAGGUGUAUUGUUUCCCUUACAACCCCACAACGGUAGGGUUUUAGGCACCACCGUGUUGCACCGAUAGCCACUCUAGACUUUCCUCAAUUACUGUAGGCUCAAGCGAACGCGAGGCGGGGAAUGAUCAUACGUGCGGUGUUAGCGUGUUUGGUUAUAAAGUUGUUAAAUUUUCAAGGGGGGAAACGUUGGCUUCAUUGUAAGUUACCGGGUGACCGGGUGCACUGAUCUAUAAUGCAAUCAUCUACCACACACGUACUACUGCGGACAGCAGGCGGGGCUGAUCUUGGCCCUUGGGCGCCGCGUUGCGGGACUCCUCACCGAAUGAAUCUAAUCACUUUUCGAACCGGAAGUUAGCCGUGUCCCUGUUCAAGCCGGGGAAGUAGACUGCAAUCUCUUACGUACAACAUGCUGCUUUACAUGCAUUACAACAUGGGAACAAGGGAACACUAAAGUUAGCCUAGUUAGUAAGGGAGCAAAACUGAGCUAAUAGUUUGGGUAAGGCGAUCGCACGACGCCACAGAAUGAUGCUCUGCCGACAUUGUAGGGACGAGCAAGAAAUCCAAACAGCACCUGCGAGUCCCGAAGUGCUUCAGUAAGCAAAGCCAGCGACUGAUGAGGAUCGGCGAUCACCAUCAGCGCUGGUGUAGUUAACAGAUUUGGGUGCAAAAGAGUAUAUUUAUUGAGGCCCAUAUUCGAGAAUGUUCUUGUACUUGUAAUUGUCUACUGUUUCUAUGAAAAA